UUUUGUUUUAUCGUUUUGCAUGUCAUUGUUUCAAUUCAUGUCUUAAUUUGUUGUCGUUUUCGGGUUUUUUUUCUAGUAAUGUAAGUAUUGUUUAUCAUUUUGAAUUGGUACUGAAAAGGCACUUUACUAUUGAUGUUGGAUAAAGAGAAACUGUGAGAAAGGAAGACAGAGGAAAAUGAUGAUUAAAGUCGCAAAAGUGCGUUGUAAACACCCAAAUUGCUCACUCCUGUUGAUCAUCUAAUCAUUUUUCGUCCCCUAACCAUCAAUGGGAUGAAAAAAUUAAUCAAAUCAAAGGCUGGUUAUGCAGAAGAAAAGAAAGAAGAUGUUAUCUCAUUCCUUUCCAUUUCCCCCCUUUUCUUGCUUAUCAAUUACCAAUGGAUACUAGGCCUGAUCAAUAACGAUCAUUAUGGUUCUCAUCAUCUCUCAUCAACUCCUCCUAAGAUCCUGUCCGGUAGCGGAAUUUUCUCUUAGAAUGCCUAUUGACUCCAAACCAUUGACUUAUAACAAUCAGCAAUCACCACAGUCGCCAAACACAGCAGUUUCAAUCAGUACAAUAACAGUCUCACCAAACCAACCAACUGUCAACUCAGAUAUGCCUUCAACCAACCUAACAUCAUCAACCUCAACCAUCUCCAAAGAAAUGAUCCUCGACCAUGGAACCUGUGAACCAGUCGAUGAAGAGCCUUUAUACACUGGUAAAGUUUUACAAUUAACUCGAUUCCAUUACCGUGAUGGUGCCGGCAAAGACAGGUAUUGGGAAGGUGUUGAUAAGGUGAAAAAGUUUAAAAAUGCCUACAAAGCUGGUACAGAAAAUUCAACUGGUUUGGUUACCAUUGCCAUACUUUGUAGACGAGUUAUGUGUGACUGCCUUAUCCUGGUUAAACAAUUUCGAGCUCAGUUAAAAUCAUAUACUCUUGAAUUUCCAGCUACAGUAAUGGAUAUAAAUGGUGAUCCCGAGGAAACUGCACAUAAAGAAAUUGAAGACGAUACUGGAUACACAUCAACAGCAAUCAAGAUCAUUUCUCCUCCAACAUCAGUUGAUCCUGUUGUAUCAUCUGCUAAAGUAAGCUUAGUUUCAGUGAUGAUUGAUGGUGACGAUCCAUUACAGAAUCCUUCUCCUAAGAACUCUGAAUUUGAAAAUGAACACGCAAAUUCAGCUCAUGGAAGAAUUGUUGAAGUACUUCAAGUUCCUGUCAAUGGUUUGCUUGAUCGAUUAGCCAAGUUUGCUGAAGAAGGUGUAAUAGUUGAUUCUUUGGUUUAUUCAUUUGCGAUUGGCUUAAAGCAUGGUGAACGCAAUACAAUGACCAUGGCCAAACCUCGUCCAGCUGAGACUUAACCGAUCGGCUAAAGAAAUCAAUCAAACAACGAUCUCAGAGUGUUUUUUUCAUCCAUGAAUAAAACAAAUUCACUUGACUAUCAAGUCUUUUGAAAUGUGAUAAAGUGUUUAUUUACAAUACCGUUGAUUAUGUUCUAAAUGGUACCUUUUAAUGCAAAUUAUUAUCACAUUUCACACUGUUAACAGAAAAAUAUUUUAUCAGCAACUUUUACUAAAUUACUUGACUAAUUAUUACCAAUCCUUUGUACCUUAAACUGAUGAAUUAAAUUCUAUCAUCUAAAAUGUA